GCUUAUCAGACUGGCGCUGCAUCACAUGAUGUGGAUACAGAACAGAACUCCUAGGAUGCCGCAGAUCUAGAAACUGCACUCACAAAAGCUUAGCCACAUUUCCCGGGAAACAGCACCAACAAGACCGUCCGACGACCUAGAAAAAGCUGCAACGAUGCCUCGAAAACGAGCGGCUUCCACAACUUCCAACACAACCACCACAUCCGGCCGCGAUGCCGCUCCCUCACCCUACCAUGGCCCCCAAGAAAUGGGCUCCAUGUACGACUACCUCGCAAAAAUCAUCCUCCUAGGCCCCUCGGGCUGCGGAAAAUCCUGUCUCCUCCACCGCUUCGUGAAAAACGAAUGGCGCGUCCUCUCCUCCCAAACCAUCGGCGUAGAAUUCGCGAGCCGCAUCGUGAAAAUCGGAGAUCACACCACCACCACCAUCACGUCGAGAAGAGGUCGGGGAGGGGGUGAAGUAGGGACGAGGAGGAAGAGGAUUAAAUUGCAACUCUGGGAUACGGCGGGGACGGAGAGAUUUCGGAGUGUGAGUCGGAGUUAUUAUCGUGGGGCGGCGGGCGCGAUUUUGGUUUAUGAUGUUACCAAUCAGAGGAGUUUUGCGGAUUUGAAUACUUUUUUACAUGAUGCGAGGUCGUUGGGGAGUCCGCAGUUGACGGUGGUUUUGGCGGGGAAUAAGGCGGAUUUGGUGGAGGAGCCGGAGUUGGCGGUCGCUGAGCAACAGCAGCAGUCGUCCUUGGAUGAGGAUGUUUUUGGGAGUUCGAUCACGAGUACAAGGACGGGGACGGGGACGGUGGGGCAGCAUAGUAAUCCUGGGCUUGGGACGCAGCAGAGGGCGACGGUUUCGAGUGAUGGAAGGGCUGUGAGUCAGUCUACGGCUGCGAAUUGGGCGAGUCAGCAUCGGAUACCUGCAGCUGUGGAGGUUUCGGCGCUUUCUGGAGACAAUGUGGAGGAAGUGUUUAACAAGCUGGCAAGGAUUAUCUUGACGAAGAUUGAGCUUGGGGAAAUUGAUCCUGAUGAUCCUAUGAGUGGGAUCCAGUAUGGUGACGCGGACUUCUAUCGCUACGAUGAUGGAGGUAGUAGUAGCAUCAAGAGUGGCGGCUUGACAAGUGAUGGAUAUGGUGGAAGCACAAGACGAAGGAGGAACAAGAGCGGCUGGGGGGAUGUCUUCAAGCUUCGUAGGCCUGGCAGUAGUGGCGGCGGAGGUGAGAAGUGCUGUUGAGGUGGGAUACGGACUGCAUUGAGUUUGACAAACUGCAAGCGAAGCGUUCUUGUUUUGUGCUGAUUUGAUUGCAGAGAUACCCGAGAUCAUUCGUUUGGAUACAGUAGCAUGAUAACAGAUAGUGCACACGACCUGAGAUUGAUCAAUGUAGAUGAUGUAAUGCUAAUGUGCUACACCUCAAG